CGAUCCAGAGGGAGUCCGCGCCUCCGAUCUAUAGGUACGUAUUCAGGUUUUCGAUGAUCGUGAUAUAAUAAUAACAAUUGUUUUCAAAUAAUUACAUUUCUUCCUUCGUUCUGUACGAGGCGCUAGUUACCGAUACUCUCUGACCGGACCGAUAAUCGUGGGCUCCACCGGUCGUCGAAGGCGCGGAUAUUGUUCGCGGAAUGUCGUUAAUCCGAAUGGUUAUUCUUGAUCGGCGGCCGAUACAUUUCGGUUCUAAAUUUAGCUUCGUCAGAGAUAAUCUCGGUCCGAUUAUUUUGCACCUUGAGCACGACCAACACAACCGCCCACAGCGAAUAGAUUCGAAACCGAUUAUCCAAAGAUCACUUUCGUACGUGACCAACCGAACGCACGUUCGCGAUCGAUCGAUCGGCAUGCGUCGAUGGCGAAACACAUCGACGGAACGCUCGAAGGUGUACCGGUUCGCAUCUCGAGUUUAUUGAAAAAAGCGGAAAGGUUUAGCAUAAUCGAUCGAACGGUGUCAUCGAAGGGUUCGACAAACCCUCGAACUGACCUCGCCGUUCGAAGUUAACAACCUUUGGGAUUUUAUUGCCGCAGGUUUGCCUCGAUUUCGCAACUAAUCGAAGAAUUCUCGAAUUGGCUAUACCGUUCGAAAACCGGGACGCAUCGUGACACGUAUAUUAUGCAAAAUUACAUCGCGAAACGUCGAAAACCAUGGAUGAAAAACCAAUUGCUGACUCGAUCUAUCGCGACGAUACUCCCCGUAGUUGGAGGAACAACGUCAACGUCUCACCAAAGGCGUUCCGAGCUAAACGCAAUUGUCUUUUACUCUUUAGCCACUCGAGCGCUUCCCUCGAACGCGAUGGUAGAGUUCCCGUCACGCUCACGCCGUAUCCUUAGCAAGUGAUCGAUCUACGAUGAGUGCGAUGUGCCCGAAAAAUCGGUUCACGGCAACGCUUCGGGUACGAUAUAUCCAUCAGACCUAUAGGAGAACGGUUAUCGAAUAUCGCGGGGGGUGCGACGGCGGAAUAAACGUACAGGAUACACAUUCUCGUUCGCCGGGUGUGCGGAUGUAGGCGUUGAGGAGGACGCGGUGGCGGAGGUGGAGACAAAGGUGGAGGUGGAGAGCCAAGGCCACGUGCUCUAGAAAGCAAGCACCGCAAUUUUUUCGCGGUACGCUUUUUUAUUUUUCCAAUCAUUUAUUUACUCGUUCGCGCUUUGUCGAAGCGUACACGACUCGCGUGUGUGCGACAAUGCGCGAACUCCGUCCACGGAAUAAUCCGCCGAGUGCGGAGUAAAUAAUCCACGAGUACCCGGGGAGCGUACGACGUCUCGCAAUUUCCACUUGGUCCUCCGCAUACCCGCGAGAUGAACAGCGAACAAUCAGGAUCUGCCGCGUACCCGCGGCGGCCUGUACUUUGUCGGGUAAAACCCACGACGGCUGACCGGGAGGAGCGUCGCUAAUUGCGGUACGCCUUUUCAAUUCUCCGAUACACCGUGAUUUUGUUUUCAUAUCCACCUUUAUGUCUGUGCUCCUCACCGGCGAUAAAUCAGUUCGGUAUAAAUAGAUGGCAUACCAACGGGACACGAAACGCCGGCAAAAAACUCGCACACCACUCAAGGUCCCUGGACUACUUGGUUCGCCGGAGACCGUCGCUGUACCCGUAUCCGUUGGUUCGUAUCACGAAUACUGUAAAUACCGUACACGAGUAAAGUCUAAUGCGCCUCGUGUUACAUGCAGGCAUACCGCGUACGUAUCUACCCGAGUUCCUCGAUCGAGUUCGUGAGUCGUGGCUUCGCCUUACCGCAGCUACUCUUUUAGACUCACCACCUGCGAUCGCCGAGUGCCGAGAAAUCGCCGUAUAAAACCGAAACCGCGACGAAGGAUAUCGAGCACUGCCCAACUGACCGCAGAAUCAUUAUUGCUCGGUGGUUCCUCGUUGGCGCGUAAUCGCGACCGUAUCAUAGCGUAAUUACGUUAUUCGCCCCUCGCAAAUUAACAAGGACUUACCGUUUGCACCCAUCUCCCGUAGAUAGAUGGAACAUCCGGCAAACGAUAUCGUUUAAAAUGACAAGUACGCGGAGCCAAUUCUUCAAUCGCCCAUUCUUCGAUCAACCUUGACCCCUGAUCUUGUCCCUGAGACCGACGUGGAUCGCGAGCAACUUUGCGACAUAUUUCUUACCUCAACCCGCGAUAUUAGCAAAAACUGUUGACCAAAUUUCGUCCCAACGUAUGGGCGCAGUGUCAUCCACCCAGUCUUAAUAGAGUAUGGCGAGUACGUGCAACGCACACCUCUAGAUAGAAUUUGAAGGCGAUCGAAUCUCCGGGGAAGACGGAUCCAUAGAUUGGAACAGGGGGGAAGGAAACUAAUCGUGAGAAAUUAGCCAGAGCUCGAAAAGGGGAAUAAUUGAUGUCACGCCUGGAUAUUCGUGUCAGUGGUAUGAAUUUAAUCACGGAGGUAAGCGUAGUCGCGCACAGAUUAUUAUACGCAGGCGGUGUAACGAGUAACGAGUAAGCGAGAUAUCGCGAUAUAAUCGGGUAAUUAAAAAAGAUCCGUUCAGCUCGAACAUGUUGUGCAACGAAUAAAUGUACAUGUUGAAUUAGACGUGGAGAUAGCGGGGAUUGCCAUUGAGCCUGAUCGAGUAUCCUGCAUCUACGGCGCAGAACUACCGACUGAAGCAAUAAACGCUCACGAUAAGUCGCUGACAAUGAGAACGACGACGCACAAGUCGAUUCGGUGGACCGAUCGUCGAUUGCGGCAAAGGCGUUCAAGAGCAGAAGCUGCAGUGUCAACGCUCCUGAUUGUCGGUUGGACCGUUCGCAAGAUAUAGACCGGCGAUUUUGAAUGGCGGGUCCGGGUAGAAAAUACUUACCGAUAUCCAGUCGUCGAAAGGGACGGAGGACCCUGCAGCGACGAGAAGACCGAGAACUACGCGGCCUUUCUCGCAAGGCCCGAAAUAUGAGGACGGAGAGAAAAAAGAGCUUUGAAAAUUUUUGCAGAUUGCGAGGCGAGUCGCCAAGUUUGGCCGAAGAGUUGAGAAAAAAGAAUAAUAAAUUGGUGAAUCGGUCCAGGGACUGAGAUUUCGAGAGAUAAUUAACGAGGGAAACGUCUCUGAUUUCUAGAUUCCUUAUUUGCGUUUAGCACCUGAUACGUUGAACCUGACUGAAAGAGGUCGAGGUUGUCCCUGCAGUUGCGGUUUCUCUUCGUACGCGUACUUGAUGUGCAUUCGCGGCGAACAACAAACGUCAAACUCGCCGUUAUACAACCAGUGUUGUUCCGUCGAAUGAGGUCAUUCCGUGAAAACGUCUCGUUCGCUAGUUUGGAUUCUUCUAGACAAACGCAAUGAAUUGCUUCCGAAUUUUCGAACGCCUAUCAACUACGUCCAGCUUCGACACACUCGCUCGGGUGUUGAAAACCGGCGGAUACCUCGGACUAAUUAUUCGCAUCGAAGUUUUCUGCGUUGCCGUGGCAAAGAAACUGCGUUGUCGAUAUUGCCAAAGGAAAUCCUCAUCUAAUAUAAAUCAUAAUCAUGUAACCUCGACGUCGAUCGCAACGGGAAUCACAGUCCAUGGCUCCGAAAAUCAUCUCGUUACCGAAAAUCGGAUACACGACGUGUUUCCAAUAGUUCCAUUCGAAUAUUUAAUAACAUGCAAUCCGUGCGAAUUGCGGUGAUUUUUGACGAUAUUUUUUUCCACUCGUAAAUGUCAUCGUGGAAUUGCUGUGUCGUUUCCCUAUGGAUAUCGAAGCAUCGAUAUCCUUGCUGUAAUUAUCGGUCGUAUAUACUUCCCCUAUUAAUUUUUUUUCACCGCUUAUUUUCACGAGUUAAGCGAAUAAUUGAAGGGUAUCCGCGGUACAGCCGUAACGCGUGACGUGCUUUUCAGUUUAUUAAAAAAAGAUGAAGGAAACGUUUAUACAUAAAUUCUCAGUAUUAUUUGAUCGUGUUUGUUUCGAUUCCAUCAACUGGAACAAACGACUGGUCUUGCGUAAUCUGUCAUGCGCUGUCAUUGCAGCGACUAUGUAUAAGUUCGAUCAUGUAACGACGACGUCUUUACCUUUGAGCGCGUUACAUGCUUUAUCUUUUUCUCUUCCACUUCGUUAUUCCUUCAUUCGCGUCGACUGGGCCAAAUUCUGGUGAGAUGUCUCACAAAGGAUCGUGGCCGUGAUCUUCUCUCUCUUUGUCGAAAUGACACGACAAUUAACUAUAGCCUCCGUUGACGAACAGCGAUACCGUACAACAGACUUUGUAUCGUUGUGAAUCGAACGAAUUGCUAAUUCCAACGUAAUCGACUACCUUCGACAUUUUGUCCUCGGACACGUUUAUGUAGCAUUUGGUACCGAGCAAUCGAGUUAGAAUUAUCCCACACCUGUUCGUGUAGGGUACAAAGUGCGUCGGAGAUUACGAUUCGAUACACAACGGCGAAAACGAGACGCGCUGUCAAGCGAACCAAGUUAUUGACAACGGGAAGCUCGGCCCUCGGUUUCUUCGCGAGUCUCGUGUUGACGGUGUCGAUCGUAACGUUUCGCCGUGUUGUCUUCGGUGCGAGUCUUCUCUCAGGUGUUCCCGUCACGGUCGGUCCUUCUACCGCAUGUCCGAAAUUCGCUAUCGGUGAGCCAAAAAUUCAGAAGAUAAAUCGAACAUCGAUCGACGCCGCACCACACAUACAUGGUUACCAUAGCAUUUGGCGCGGUUGCCGUCGGGGUUUUUUCUGCAGUCUGCGCUAUACCGAUCGGCUGCUUUUUGUCCCGCAAAAUGAGAAAACGAGAGCCAAGUACGCCGCAUGCCGCGAACGAGGAAUCAUCGGCGAGUCGCUACGCAUCCCGACUCUCGGACCCGGUGGAAAUAUCAAAUGCUAGUGAACGUGGAAGUGGAGGCGCGAAAUCGCUGCCUGCUCGCAGCGAGAGAGGGCCGAGGAUCCAAGUGAGAGUUUUCUUUUCGGAUGACUCGCAAGACUCACCGGUCGGCUCCACGGACGUCGAUAGUUUGGGGUAUGUCUCCGCUCCCGUCUCGUCUGAUCUCUCGUCGGGAGCACGUCGUAGGGUUUCAGGCGCAGCGAUCGCAGGAGCCGAGGUGAAGAGGAUGUCCCUGCGGCAUCGGAGGUCCGAAAGAGCCACAAAGGCUGCACCGUCGAGACAUUGUUCGCUGCCUGUAACGGUGACGACGCCGCACGCCCCUUCGCACGAGUUGGAACCGGCGUGUCAGGGGGUGCAAAAGGACGACUCGACCGUACUGGAGAUUUCGAUAUGCGGAAGUUUCGCGAGAGGUGCGAGCACGCGGUUCGUCGAGUUCAGAGAUGACGUGCCCGAUUCGUCGACGCCCGAGUCGCGCAGAUCCGAUUCCGGAGCCGUACCCAACAUCGACGAGUCCAUGAAUUCCAUCACGUGCUACAGAGAUCCACCGGUAACCCGAACGCAUGGGUUUUGGCGACGAGCUUUUUUCGGUCGCGCGAAAUCGCGACAAAUAUUCACCGCAGAGGAAGAUAUGGAGGCCGUAGACGCGCUGGACGAAUCUCGCAACGACGGGUGCGAAUCGCGUCGUGAUUCGAUCCCUUCGCCGCAGUUGGUCGGGAACGUCGAAGAAAUGGUGCCGGUAGAAGAACAAAGUCAUCGGAGAAACGACGGCGGGUCGUCGUCGAAGACCGCGGGGUCGUCGAGAGACGACGGGGGAGCUUACGGUCGCUCCGCAUGGGGAAUACCGAGACGAUUUUUCGAAACGCUCAAAGAAGCACGUAACUUUGCGACGAUCUGAUUGACGGACGAUCGAAAAUCACCGCCACCUUCAACGGUCGUUUGAUUAACAUUUCUUUACGCGCGUGGAUGUUACACGUUAGUUGGAGUUGUUGCUUUUUACAGAGUUGAUUGGACGAGCAAUUGAAGCCCUGUCUAAAAUUUUUUACCGCACCAAGCUCCAUCUAGCUCGACUCGAUUUCGAGUUCGAAUUCUAGAUUCUAAUCGAUACGACUCGAUUAUCUUUUUUUCGUUUUAUCCCGUAGACUACCGCAUGUUAGAUCGAUCAAACUGCUUGGAAUGAAAUUAACCAGGCGCUAAGUAUCGGCGUGCCGCUAUCCAGGAUCCUGAGAAUUCCAGCUCCUUCAUUUUUUAGUUUAAGCCAUUACUAUAAUUGUAAGUGAAAGUUCUUAUGUGAUCGAAUGUUAUUACGUUACAGAGGGUACCAGCAGUUUUCUCGAGAGUUGUAAUAAAUUGGAAAUACCGCAGA